GCGCUGAUUAUCGUUUUUUCAUUGUAUUCCAACAGUCGCUAACACAUAUUCUGACUGUGAAAUUUUUUUUUUUUUUUAUUUCAUAUAUUCAUUAUUACGAUAUAUAAUUAUAUUGUAAUUAUAUAAUUUGAGAUAUUAACAAAUUAUUUAAUUUUUAUUGUUAUUUAAAAAUUGAUUAAUAGUUUUUUUUUUAUAUUAAAAAUAUAUAUUUAUAUAUUGUGCUAUUUUUAUUUAUUUAUUUUAAUAAUUUUUUAUUUUCAUAAAUAAUUUAUUGUUUUUGAGAGACACGUGUGAAAUAUUAAUGUACAAGUGUGACGAGUUAGUUUUGAAAAUUGGAAAAUAAAAAAAUAAUAAUUAUGAUAAUAAUAGUUGAUUUAUAAGACAGAUAAAAAAUAUUUGAAAAAAAAUAUAAAAAUAGAUACAAUUGUUGUUACCACAAUCAUUGAGUGUACAAAAAUAAAAAAAAAAUUAAUUCAAAAACAGGUAUGAGAUGAGACCCAGCCUGUAGGCGGGUCCAUUAAAAUCUCCCACUACGUUGUUGGAACAACACAAAAGUUUUAAUCGUAAUCAGUGAUACAUAAAAUAUCCAGUGACAGCAGGCAUUUAAAUUCUCAUAAAACAAAGUUAAAAAAAAAAAAAGAUACAAAUUAAAAUCCAAAAAAAAAAAAAAAAACCCAAAGUUUAUAAAAAAAUCCAAAGAAUAUAAUAAUAAUAAAAUGAAAGUGAAUAUUUUAUAGUGUAGUGGGAUAAUUUUAUAUAUUUUUCAUGAAUUAUUAUUAGUUUUUAAAAUUAAUUUAAUAAUAGCAGAGUGGCCAUUGAGCAUAAUAGGGUACAACAGGCAGAAUGAUAUGAGCACACUUGGCAGACUAAGGAUGUCCUCUAAGAGGAAAUCGCCACCAACGAAGCUAUCGGAGGGCGGGGGCGGUGCGGUAACAUUGACGGGUGCUGAAGAAGAAGAAGAUACAACGUCAAUUACGGAUAUUAAUGAAUUACCACCAAUUGGUAAUUUAAUUGACAAUAGAAUACCAAUUGAAGAUAUUACUGAACGUCUACAAGAUAAUUGUUAUUCAAAUCAAAGAUUAACAAUAAGUGGUGGUGAUUGUGAAUCAUCAGUUUGUUCAUCACCAGAAACAACGAGUGAACCAGAAUAUCAAGAUUCACCAUUAUCAAUAUCACCAAAUUCACCACCAUCAGCCAAGCGACAGAGGCUUCAUUAUCAUCAAAAUAUACAAGAGACAACAAAUCAAAAUUAUCAACAAUCAAAUUUACAAAAUAAUAACUAUUCACAUAAUAAUAAUAAUAAUAUUAACAAUAAUAAUAAUAGUAGUAGUAAUAAUAAUAAUAACAACAAUAAUAGUCAUCAAUAUCAUCAUCAUAAUAAUAAUCAUAACAACGCAACAAAUUUAAUUGGACAAGAACAAUUAGCAAGUUUAUCAGAUUGUGGUUCACCACCACCAGUAAUACAAUCACUAAAUGAUCAGUACUACAAUCAUUUACAACAAAAUUAUCAUAAUAACAAUAAUAAUACUGUAACACAUAAUAAUAAUAAUAACAAUAAUAUAAACAACGGUGGAAUUCCUGCAGCAGCUGGUAGUAAAAGAUCCAUGGAUGACGUAUUAAAGAGACUUACUUGUAAAAUGAAUAGUGGAUCUUUAUCAUUGCAAGAUGACAACAGAAGUACACCACCAACAUCACAACCACCACCAACUUCAUUAUCUUCAAAUUCAACCAAUCACAAUACACAUAGUAGUGGAAAUAGCAGCUUAUCAAAUAGUCUGGCACCAUCACCACCCGGCAACGGAAGAUUAACGAACACGGAAGGUAAUCAAGACGGUGCUGCGGCCCUACACAGGGUCCUUUGCGCCGAAAGUUUUGCUGAAAAAGAGAGACGACUCUCGGAAAUGAUAUUACAAUUGCAGUUCCUUAGGGAACAAUUGCUUCAACAACAAGAUACAAAUAAGACGUAUCCCAGUCAUAUGGCAGUUGAUUCACAGAAGCAAAUGGAAAUGCAACGGUUACAAAGUGAACAUGUAAAAAGACAUCAUGAACAGAUGAUGCAGCAACACAAUAGUAUCCAAGAACUUCAAGCACAAAUUACGAAAGGACAGUUGAGUAUGUCGAGUGCACAAUCAUUAAUGUUUCUGCCAUUUCUUGAUCAAUUACGUGGACUUCCUGUUUCUUCAAUGCCACCACCAACAUCAACAACAUCAUCAUCAUCUGGAAAUAAACAUAUCAAUUCAAUUGCAAAUAUGAUUAGUAAUCACAGGGAUAGUCAAAGUUGGGCAACAGCACAUUUAGCACAAAUGACAACACAAUUAGAAAAAGAAAGAUCACCAACACCAGUAUCAUCAGCAAUUGCACCAACAACAGCACCAUUACAAGAUCCAGAUGCACCUUUAAAUUUAACAAAACCAAAAUCAUCAUCAUCAAUAAUAACAGCAGCAUCAUCAUCACCAGGUAGUGAUUCACAUUCAACUGGUGCUGGUAGUAGUGGACAACAAGAACAACCAUUAGCAGCAACAGCACCAAAAUUAUUUCCACCUGGUUUACCAAUGCCAAGAAAUUAUUUACCAUCAAUGUCAUAUGGUGGAUUACCACCACAUAUGAGUAGUUCACAUUCAUCAUCAAUGAACAAGGUCAUGGUCAAGGAAGAAAAUCCUGCUAGUGGUUCAGCAGCAGCUGCUGCUGUUGCAGCUGUUGAAAAACAUUUUGCAAUGCAUGGUAUUUAUGGAAUACCACCAAAUGCUGGUGCAAUUGCACCAGCACAACAACCACAAAGAUCUAACAAACAUACUGCAAGUAGAGAGGAAAAUCCACAAGAUGAUCAAGAUUAUCAACACAUGUGGCGAGACCAGUCGUACAAAGUACCCGAGGAUAUCACAGAAAAAGCAAAAAUGGUGAGACAACAAAAGAGAGAUAGUGAGAGCAAGCCACAUAUCAAGAGGCCAAUGAAUGCUUUUAUGGUUUGGGCCAAGGACGAACGUAGAAAAAUUUUAAAGGCUUGUCCUGAUAUGCACAAUUCCAACAUAUCAAAAAUUCUCGGAGCACGAUGGAAGGCAAUGUCAAAUUCUGAAAAACAGCCGUACUAUGAAGAACAAUCAAGAUUAUCAAAAUUACAUAUGGAAAAACAUCCGGAUUACAGAUAUCGACCACGUCCAAAACGUACAUGUAUUGUAGAUGGUAAAAAAAUGAGAAUAUCUGAAUAUAAAUCGUUAAUGAGACAGCGAAGACAAGAAAUGCGUCAACUUUGGUGUCGUGAUGGUGGACCAGAAAUGGGAUUUUUAUCACCAGUUGGAAGUGAUAUGAGUACUGGACAUCAUACUUCUGGACCAGGACCAUCAGCAAGACCAUCAGUAUCACCACCAGCAAAUAUGAUUAAUGGUACACCUGGACCAAGUCAAGAUCAUUCAUCGUAUUAUUAUCCACCUGAUAGUUUAUCACCAACUGAUAUUAUGAAUUUUUCACCUGAUAAUUCGGGUUCAAUUGGUGGUUAUGAUGCAAGUCCACGACAACAUCAUGACGAAGAUUGAAUUGUGGCUCCGGGUCAGCUUAUUUGGCAACCCGGAGCGCCAAGACACACCCGUGAACUUUAUUGGUGAAAGUUUUCAAAUGAAAAAUAAAAAAAGAAUUUUUAUUUUUUACCUUUUUUUUUGUUAAUUUUAUUUUUUUACUUUAGUUGUUUAUUUAAUUAUAUAUUUUUUUUUUCACUUUUCUUUUCUUACUUACCUUUCUGUCACGUGUGCCAUGAAAAAAUUUUUUAAAAAAAUUUAGACGAGUACAUAAAUAUGAUAAACAAUAUUUUAAAUUAUAAUUAAAUAUCAAAAAAAAAAAAAAUCAAUCAAUUAUUAUUGUAGUUAAAAAAAAAAAAUUGAUAUUACUUUUAUUUAAAAUUGCAAGGGGCCAAAAAAAAAUUUCAUUGUUUAAUUAUUAUUAAUAUCGUUAUUGUAAUUAUUAUUAUUAUUAUAAAAUUUAUAUAAUUUAAAUUUUUUCAAGUUACAAAACCUACAUUUUGUGGUAUAAUAAAUGACUUUUUCGAGGUCUCCAACGAUUUAAUAAAAAAAAAGUGAUAUUCGCAUUUUUUUUUUUUUUUUUACUUGAGGUUUAUUUUGAGUAUUAUUUACUCGUCUAAAAUAAUAUUAUCCUCACUUUUGCCAAAAUUUCAAGUGAAUAAAUAAAACAUUUAAAUAGUGACACAUUCAAAUUGUACAGAAAGGAUUUAUUGUAUAAAUUUAUGAGCAACAGUCAACCUAUGAUAAUCAAAAGAAGAAGAAAAAAAUUUUUUUUUUUUUUAUAAUUUAUACAGAAUUGUUAUCUGUAUUUAUAUUAUUUUUAUGAAAACUGUCAAAGUCGUAUUAUGUUGGACAAAAAACAAGAAAAUAUAAAAAAUAAAAAUCGUGAUUAUGAACAUUUGUAAAAUGUUUUAUUCACUGAUUGUCGAGUGUGCCAAUAUUGUCCUCAACGUAUCAAUAAAAAUUAAAAUCAUUUUUUCAUCUCCACUGUGAUGAAUCUGGUGUCCAGUCGAAGAAUUAAAUUAACUAAAGAAAAUUAAAUUAACAAAUUUUAUUCUUAUUUGUAAAGAAAAAAAAAAAACAAAUGCUAGCCAAUUGAUUGUUAAAAGACUUUUAGUCUCUUUAUGAUAAGAAAAAUAAAAUAUAAAAACAAAAAAGAGAAGUAAAUAAGUAAAAUAAUUUUAAAAAGACACCGAAUUUUUCACAAUAUGCGUGGAACGUAAAUGUACUUAUAGUAUUUUUAUCAUUUAUUUAUUGAAUCUCAUAUCAUUACGAUGAAAAUUUUGGUGAAAAAAAUUUCUCCGAUUCGAAAAAAAAACCGAGUAAGCCGGAGUAAAGUGAAAUGAGUCAGAGAAAAACGUAGAUUAACUGAACAAAAUUUUGAAAGACCUUUGUUCCAAUAUUGUACUCUUAUCUAUGUUCACAUUCUUCUAACAAUUUUCUUGGAUUUAUUUAAUUAUUGUCUGAAUUAUGCCGUUCUACUCCAAUUUACUUGUUUUUUUUUUCUUCAGAAUUCGAAGAAAAACGAUAAAAAACUAAUGAAAUUAUUUUCACCAGAAAACUGUAUUAAAAAAGAUCUUGAAUUACAAAAUAAAAAAGCCAUUUUAGAUAAACUGAGAGGGAAUAAAAAGUUAAAACAAUUGUUUAUUGAUUAAAAUUAAUAAAAAGAAAAAAAAAAAAAAUGUACGAAUGAUUAAAAGGCAUUGUCUUGAUGAGAAUGAUAGUCCAGUGGAGUUUGAUGUGAUAUAAUUACUUAUGUGCCAAAUAGCGUUAUCGGUAACCACGGAGUGAAGUAUAAAAAUUAUAAAUAAAAAAAAAAAAAUUAAUCUCCACAGUUCCGAGUCGCCAUAUUGGCUUGACGUUAAAAUUCACUCGAUAAAAUCGAUCCUUUUUUUUUUUUUUAAUUUCUUUUUUUCACCUUUUGAUUUUGACUUUUAUUAUUUUAUUUUUUUUUAUUUUUACUUUCUUUGUUAUUUAUAGUCAGUGCAAUUUAUAAACAAG